UAUUAGAGAUAAAUCACUAUCGACAGGAAGUACUAGAAAACAGAGUCGUCUUACCAUUUAGCCUGACAGAUUUAAAUUGAUAAGAUGGGAAAAAGACAGAGUAAAAGUAAACCUUUGGAAGGUGAUGAGAGAUUCAUGUUUCAGAAACAUGAAGACAGUUUACAAUUUAUUGAUAAAUGGAAGGCUGAAGGACUCAAAUGUACGUUGAAAGUUGAAACAUGGCAAGUAAAAGUGGGAGUUUUAGAGGAGCGUCGACGCAAGGAAGAGGAAGGCAAGAACAGGAAGAAAGUGUUAGAGGAAGUGCAGAAAGAACUCAGUGCUGCUAGGGAGUGGCUGACUGAAUCAAAAAAGAGACGUGACCUAGUGAAAGAAUCCAAGGACAGGAAAGCUACAUUAUGUUUUGUGAGGACAGGAGAUAAUGACACUACUGUGAGAGGCAAACGUAGGCAGCGAGUACAGGACCAGGAACAGAAACCCACUGAGCUAACAAACCCAGAUUUAACAAACCCAACAACCACAGCUCCCCUUCACCCACCCCCAUAUG